AUGGAUGUAGCUGCUGGUGGCGGUUUCAAAACCGUUGCUUCUCCUAUUCCUUACAUCUUUGGUAGCAUAGUUCUCAUGCUUGCAAUUGUAACAUUUGCAUUAGUUAUUCUUUCUUGUUCUUGUCAAGAAAAUUCAUCAUCUACGACUUUAACAAAUGAAGAUAAAUCUAUGAAGAAUGUGGAAAUGGUGGUGGAUUUAGAGCCUAAGAUUGUUGUCAUUAUGGCUGGAGAUAGUAACCCUACUUACAUGGCUAAACCUGUUUCAUCAACAUAUCAUACUGAAGAAAUGGUUUAAAACUAUGAUAAUUUCAUAUUCAAAUCAUCAGAACAAUAAUGGAGAGAAAUUAGAGAACAAAGAAGGGUUAAUAGUGAUUUAUUCCCUCAUAAUAUAUCUGUAUUUUGAUUUAUCCCCUUUAAAAUAAAUUUUAAAUACCCCUAUAAUUUUGGGGUACCCCUAAGCGUGUAAAAACUAAGGUGGAAAAUAAAAAAAAAUAUUUGACAGGAGCAGUGGCGGAGCCAGAAAUUUUAGACAGCCUGGGCAAAAAUUUUACACCAUUUGUUAUGCAUCUGUUUUAAUUUUCAUACCUUAUUUUUACUAAUUUUGCCCCUAAUUUUAUCCCUGAUUUUAUCUAAAAAUCGACUAUUACAUUGGAGUACAAAGAAAAUAGGGGUUGAGCCCGGGCGCC